UUUUAUUGACAGGUCUCACUGUGAUCUUUCAUUUCAUGUUUCGGUUUCAUAUGUCAUAAUGUAUAGACUGGUUGAAGAUUUUUGUCUUAAGAUUUUGUGGGAUAAACGACGCAAAGAGUCGACGUAAUUUACCAAAAAUUGUCCAACCCAGCUGUCUUCUAUCCAAUCUUCUUCUCGAAGCUGUUUUUACCCAACUGCAUUAUUUGCCCAAAGUAAACAUUAUUAAACAACUUCUAGGAUACCGCCUUUUCUUAGAAAAAAAUAACAAAUUUAUCCAGUUCAACUUUUUAAACGCUUCAAAUUUAGUUCUCCAGAACGGAACAUAAUACGAACACCGGUUUUACCUAAAUAAAGAUGUUUAUUCUAGUCCAUUCAAGUUUUCCAUUACGACCUGUAUCAUCUAAAGCCCUGCUCAACCCUACAGAUAAAAACAUGUAAAUACUUAAUUUACUAGCUAAUCUCUGUUGUGUAUUGUUAUAUAUUUUCCAGAACCUUUCGCAUGAUCGCUUAAUAAAUUUCGCCGAUAGGUUCCAAUUAAUUCUUGUCAGUAUUUAAGCUUGAAUUAAUUGUUCGAAUACCUAAUCAAGUUAACGCCAUAAAUACAUUGCGGCUUCCGCACCUUGACCCAGGUAGGGCGUAACGCAAUAGGUCAGGGGGGUGAGACGCGCGCUCGCGGGGCAUGUUUGGGCGGGCGUAGUAGCGUAGUGACGUCAGUGGCGCGCAAUAUCGACCCCUCCGCCCGUCAUAACACCCCUCCCCCGCGCGUAGGGCGCAGCCCCUUCAACCAUCUGCGCUGCGCAUCUACGCAUCGCGCCGCCCGGAAGUUUACCGACGCUAAUGCGUUAAUUGAAAAUAUUCUGUACUCUCUUUGAUGGGAUACAUCACGUCGACAAUCCGCACCCUUCCUCUUAAUUAUCUCCAUUCUCAUAUUACCUUAGCAUAUAGGAUUCGUUGUUUGUUAACUGUAUAUUUAUACUUAUUCUCUAGGAAUGGUGUAACAUUCCUCUGAAAUUUAUUAAUUUUAAAUCAAUACAUUGAUUUUAUACCCAUUUGAAAAUUAUUAACUUAUACGUCAAUGUUUAAAGAGUGUGCAAUUAUUUAUCACAAAGAAAAGUGCAUUGAAUUCUCCCUCGACUGUUUAGUCUUUGAGACAUGAAAUACCUACUUAGAUGAAAUCAAAAUAAAAUGACUCAUGUUUUAGAUGGUUCUGUUGCCUACGUUAUACGUUAACACAAUCAAAAUGUCAUUUAUACUAUAAAACACCAAUGAAAUAAAUUAUCGUCGCUACGUAUCCACAUGUCUACAAAAUAAUCCUGAAAUAUGAAAUUGAACUGAAUCUUGUAUCCGUGUUUUUUUUUAUUUCAGGAUUCGUUUUCAUUUUUUACUCGCGUAUAUGUGACUUACUAAAAGAAGACAGAUAUGGCAGGAACCUUGAAUUCUGAACAGCAAAUCAAAAAAUUUAAAAAGAUACCUAUCUACGUUGUCGAAGAGCACAAUGAUGCUUUACAAUUUAUUUAUUCAGCAAUAGGAGGGAAAAAAUUACCUAUAGAAGGGACAACGUUAUUACAUUUGGACGCUCAUCCAGAUAUGCUUAUAGAUCGUAAAAUGAAGGGAGAACAAGCACGCUCGGGAAGGAAAGUUUUACCAUUACUGCAAAUAGAAAAUUGGAUUAUGCCAGCUGUAGCCGCUGGCCAUUUAGGCCGGGUAUUGUGGUUGCACCCUCCUUGGGCGAAACAGUUCACCGAUGGCUCCCGUGUCAUCCAAAUUGGAGAUGAUGCCACUACGGGAUUGUUGCGAGUCGAUAAUACAGAGCCAUAUUAUCUAUCCGAUGCCUUAUACUCAUCUCAACUCACCAAUAUAAUGAAAUUUGAUUUCACUGUCGCCGAAUUGGCAUCUGACACGUCUGAUCAAUCAGAAAGAACUUUUAGAGACCUAGCGAAUGAUUUAAAUAUAUGUCAACCGUAUGUUUUAGAUAUCGAUCUAGAUUUUUUUAGCACUGCAAACCCAUUUCUAUCGUUAUAUAAAAAUAUCGACUUGUACAAUAAAUUAGAACCAGUAUUCAGUUCCGAUAUGCCAGAUGAUAUAAGUGAAGAAUCUCUUAAAAAAGCUAUAAGGAAGCGAGAGGAGCAGUUAGACGAAUUGGAAAUUUUAUUUCAGCAUCUUGAACAGUACAACAGUCUUGAGGGCUAUUCUGGACAUAAAACUGAUUUAUACUAUAAGGUGUCGGACAUUGCUUCAGAGGUUUUGGCAGAAUCUGAAAGACUAAACGAAGUUCCUGACUGGUGGGCGGUGUUCGCGGGUGGUUGCACCAGGGAUCAAGGAGGUCCUCCGCAUCAUAUCAGCUCUCAAGCUGAAAUAACUAAUGAAAUACUUAAUGGAGUCCAUCCUUUAUUAAAAAACCUCCCUCCCCCUGUGUUGAUCACGGUGGCUCGAUCCACCGACGAUGGUUACUGUCCAUCAAAUCAGGUAUUUUCAUUUAAUAUCAUGCAUUAUGAGACAGUUUUAUAUUCAUUGUUAAAUAUAAUUAAAAUAUACUAUAUCAUCAUCACUUUAAUGUUCCUAUUGCUGAGGCAUAGGCGUUUCCUAUGUAUGGACUUAAAUAGGGAGAACAGCUCUGCGAUUCUGUAAAUUCAAAAUGUAAAUUCGAAUUCACUCAGGUGUCCGGAAUCUUGAAUUAGCAAUAACGUUUUGUGGCACAUGUGAAGUGAGUUCGUCUCAGAUAUUUUAUUCGUAUGAAGUGAAUAAAAUAUCUGAGACACGUGUGAAUCAAUCAAUAUUGUAUUGUUUUUUUAUUCAAAAAAUGAAAUUAAUAUCUUCACUAAAUGACGUGAAUCCGGGCACAUAAGUGAAUUCGAAUUUAUAGAAUCGCAGAGCUGUUCUCGAAUUCGAAUCUGUGGUCGGAUAUUAACAGUAUCGCCCCGCUGGCCAGAAAUCACCACGCAGGCCUUGUGCGGAUUAGUGGGUGUUAAUGGUUUCAAAUGCAGCAGGGUCUAACACCCACAGAAUAGCUGAUUUACCCCCGUGGGAGUUAUUAUCUUUAGGUUAGGAAACAUUGCUAUAAACAACUGCGUUUAUUAAUUACUAGUUAAUUAUUAUUUGUAUAUUUUCUAAUUUAAAUAUAAUUUGCAUUAAAAUAUGCAAGCAUUUACUGAUCUACAUUGUAUUAUUAUAGAGCAGUCACGAGUUUGGAUAAGCAAAAACCUGUUUAUUUUAACUAGUCUGUAUUAUAUUAUUAUUAUUGUUUAUAAAUACUGCCGACUUUUUUGUUUCAGGUGGAACUUAUACAAAAGUCUGUAUUAAUGAUGCUGCAGGAUUUGUAUGAUACAGAUGAACCGUAUUUAUAUUAUCUCAAUGCAAAUACUUUAUAAGAUUAAUCAAAUCAUAUUUUGUUAACUUAAAUGGUGUGAAUCAGUGACUUUCCAAAACUACAAAUUACAUAAUGACGAUUAAUAAGUUGCAGUAAUUGAUUUCUUAUAUUUUCACGCGUACUAUCCAUAAAUAAAACCGUUUAAAAGUUGGUUCAUUUAAGUUGCAGUAAGAUAAAUAAAGCCGAUAGUUAAAUCACUAGGCAUAUAAUAUAUAAUCAUGUGCCGUAACAAUUUUAGAAAAGCGAUUUAUUACUAUAAUUAAGUAUUGCACAAUUUUAGAAAAGCGAUUUAUUACUAUAAUUAAGUAUUUAAACGUAGGUACCUAGAUUUUCCACCAAAACUCUAUUCAUCGAACUCCUAACACGCACAAAUCUUAUAAGUAUUUGUUGAAGUUUAAAUUGGUAUAUGCGUCUUUUGAAUUGAAUUAAUGAAGUCAAUAUAUUUGUCUGCUCGGGGAC